AGUCCUCGGAGGCACUAAUUACUAGGGCGAUCAGUCAGCAUUUGAAAGAACCAUCGCAUUCUUAGUCUUUAAAUCUCGUGAUGAGUAAUAACUUCUCAAUAUUACUUAUCUGUUUGCUGUUUUUCUAACUUUACUACUUCACUAUUCGAGUCGCGUUAACAUAAAACAGUGUUGGUCUUUUCUUGGAGCGACUGGAAUAAAGGGAUUUGACUUAGUUGUCAAUAUACUGCGAUUUACUAUAUACCUAUCCUCCCACUUCUAAACCCCACGAUCGAUAACGCCGCGAUUGUUAAUAUACAACUUAUUCAGUCUCGUAGCGACUUGAUUCUGCGCCAAUUGGGGUGUGGCAAGACUAUAAUAUCCCUCAUUAUUCAUUAUACCGACGAAUUGUCCGUCAUGCCGUCCGCGCUUAUUGACCAUAAUCGAUUCGACUCCAUACCCGAUGCGAUCGCCGCUUUCCGAAAUGACGAGUUCAUAGUUGUGAUGGACGACGAGGGUCGCGAAAACGAAGGCGACUUAAUCAUAGCCGCCGAGAAUAUGACGACCGAACAAAUGGCUUUCAUGAUCCGACACUCGUCUGGUUAUGUCUGCGCUCCUAUUACUCCCGCUCUCACCGAAUCCCUUAAGUUACCACAGAUGGUCGAAAACAGCGAAGACCCCCGCGGCACGGCCUACACCAUAUCCAUUGAUUCCGCUGAUCCUGCCGUGACCACCGGUAUCAGCGCCCACGACCGCGCAUUGACAGUCCGAAAUCUCGCGAACCCCAAUUCUACCCCGGCCAGCUUCCGACGGCCGGGGCAUGUGCUCCCGUUGCGCGCGCGACCGGGCGGCGUUAGGAUUCGACCGGGUCAUACCGAGGCUGGCGUAGACUUUUGUAGGCUGGCUGGAAAACCUGAAGUCGCCGUCAUCUGCGAGCUCGUCGAGGACGGAGACGAGGUUAGCGGGAGAGCCAUACGAGAAGGUCCUGGCAUGAUGAGAGGUGAGGGAUGCAUCGCGUUCGCGAGAAAAUGGGGAAUCAAGGUCUGCACAAUCGCGGACCUUGUCGCCUACUUAGAGAAGACCGAGGGCACGAAUGGGAGUUCUUAACCACUAGCACACGCGACGAGGGUUCUCGGAUAUAGUUAGGACGUAGUCAGCGCAAAGCGAAGGGUACGCAAGCAUCUUUGGACAAAAGGACAGGACGCUAGCUGCGAGGCUGAUAAGGAGGCAUUUCCUUGAAUCAUUACUGGGUUUGCAUAGAGAAAACGGGGCCACUAUCAUAAAGUCGCAUCUCUGCACAUAUCACACUGUAUUAUACAUCAUUGCAUGGAUCUAACAUCCGAACUGGAAUCAAACAACCGAUACCCUUCCCGAUCCUAGUGUAUUUGGAACGGUUAUGUGGUUCUGAAUAGCCUAACUAUCAAUGAAUAACCAGGCUUUACUCUAGAGCUGAAGAAUCGAAAACGCCCUUGGUUGCUAGCUUCGGCGCAAGGCCUGAGGAAUAUCGACCCAACUUACAUUCGGAAAUAGCCACUCAACUCUAGUUUCAAUGUGCUGAGGCUAUUGAUUCGAUAUCUUGUGAGUGGACGAAAUACCGGGGUUUGGCGAUGGUGG